AGUGUUUCGGUACUGCGGCAUUCAUCUGCUCUCAAACCCGAAGGUCACUUAUUAGCAGAUUAUUACCGGUAACGGUUUUAUUAACGUUGUGUAGAAUCACUAUGGAUAAUUUUGACAAUUUGAGUGCUUCGGAAAAGGCAGAGGCGACGGAGCUGCAGCGCAUGAUCGCCAUCGAGCAACAGAAAGCUCAGUUUCAGGCGCAGGUGCACAGUUUCACAGAUGUCUGCUGGGACAAGUGUGUGGACACCCCAGGGUCAAAGUUGGACUACAGGACGGAGACGUGCCUCGUGAGCUGUGUGGAGCGAUUCAUCGACACCACUUUGACCAUCACAAACCGUUUCUCACAGAUGGUCCAGAAAGGAGCGCAUUAACAAUGGACUAAAUCUGCUGUGAUAGGAGUUAUUGGACAAUUUCUUUCAUAAGUUGCAUGUAAAAUGUGAAGAUUCUAUUGUGUGUUUAUGAGAAACAUCCUUUAAUUAUGGCAUACACAGCCCCUGUAGUUAUCCAUGUCAGAGGAACCGCAGUGAUGGACUAGAAUCCAAUCUUCA